AUGUCCAUCCUACUCCUCUACCUCCGCAUCUUCCCAAUCAUCCUAUUCCGGAGAUUCGACUUCCUCUGCAUCGCCUUCCUAACUAUAUCCCUCCUAGUCACCACACCCAUGGUAAUCUGGCAAUGCAAGCCCUUCCGCGCCGCAUGGGAUUACAACAUCGAUAACCCCCGCUGUCUCAAGAUCGCAACGAUAGCCUACGCCAACGCCUCCAUAAACAUCAUCACCGAAGUGUCAAUUCUAAUCCUCCCCCUCCCAGUCCUCCGAACCCUCCACGUCUCCCGGAGAAAGAAAAUCGCCCUUAUCUCCGUCUUCAGUGUUGGUGUGAUAAGCAAAUAA